AUGGACAGAAGACGAUCAUCCUGUGCUACACUAUCCCUUCUUCUAACGACAUUCGACCUUAAAUCGGACUCGCAGAGGCAUAGUGAUCCAGAGUCGCAUGGUGUUCUUGUUGCAACCAUGUGGUAUUAUCGGUUUUCUUUGUCAUUUUCUUUCGUUAUCUCAGCAACAUCAGCAGUCCACAUGAUUUAUUUCUUUCAUCGCUUUUAUGGCCACAGCAUGAUCUUCUUUUCACUGUGUCUGUGCUGUCUCACAUUCAACUUCCUGAACAUCUUUAUGAAGGCGCAUCAUCUGGCAUUGUCAUAUUUUUAUGCAGCGCCUUGCAGCAUAUUUCUACCUCGAAUCCUUUACAUUGUCCUGAAUUUACCCAUAUUCUCUGUACUCAUUGGUUCCCAAUUCAUGCAGUUCUCUAUAGUGGUUGAACGAUGGUUUGCAACAAUUUUUAUUGGUAACUACGAGUCAGGUUACCGGAAACUUGGACCGGCAUUAAUUGCCGCAACAGUACUGGCGACUGCUUGUGUUCUUUUUGCUAUAUAUUAUAAUGAAAGUUUCAACGAAGCGCAUUUAAACGCUCGUUGGUUGACAGCGAUCAAGGACGCAGCUCGAACAAACGUGGCUCUGUUUUCACUAGUGAUAGUGAACUUUCUUGGUCUCGUUCUUACCACGACAUUGCGUUAUCUAAACCCAAAGCGACGGAUCAGGUGGGUAUGCGGCACAGUUGGACCAUAUCUAAUUCUAUCACGUUUCCCAAUUCUAUAA